CCUACGUCGUUGGCAACUCGAACGCAGUGUUUCGCUGGCCGAAUUAAAAUGAAGACGUUUUUUUGUUUGGCCGUGUGUUUUUUUGUUUGCGUGUCUGGUUGGGGACGCGGGGACCUAGAGAAAUUCGGACCGUUCCAAUUGGCUCUACGUUCGGGGUUAUUGAAAUGUAAUCAUAACAGAAACUUGAAUUUGGACGUCAGCGGGAUCGAUGUAUAUUUCUAUGAUUUUUCAAAGAACGAGGUGAAAACGUUUACCAUCGAUGAAGCAGCUAACGGUAUCCUCUCAUACCCAAAAUUGGAUAAAAACAAGAAAUUCAUCACCUUCGUUGGUGGCUUCAAAUCACAAAUCCACAAACGUACCGAGGAACAAAUCAGAGAUGCUUUCAGAACUGUACCGAACAUUUAUUUAAUCAUGUUGGAUCAUUCUCUAUACACCAACAAUAAGCAGGGCAAUAAAAAGAGCUACGAGAGAUCUGUUAAGUACGUUCACUAUAUUGGUAAAGCGUUGGGACAAAUGUUGGUCAAAAUUCGUGACGGCGGUGUAACCACACAGAAAAUGCACUGUAUUGGCCACAGUCUUGGGGCGCAAAUAUUGGGACAUGCUGGCGAUGAAUUCAUGAGGCUGGGUUUCGAAAGAAUACAGAGAAUCACCGCUUUAGACCCAGCCGGACCUUGCUUUUCGAACAGUUUUAUUGAGGAGCAGGUUAGAGCUGGUGUGGCAAACUACGUUGAGGUCUACCACUGCAAUGCUGGCGGUUUGGGUAGUUCCAGCGUAUUAGGCGAUGUGGACUUCUUCAUUAACAAAAACGGACAAACCCAACCCAACUGCAGCACUCCUUGGAUUCCCGGCAUCUUUGACUCGCCAAAAGCGGCUUCCUGCAAUCACAGGACUUGCAUUGACAUUUGGACUGCGUCAGUGAGACAUCCAGAGUGGUUCCCGGCAUGGAAAUGCAACUCGUAUAAGGACUUCAAGAAAGGAAGAUGUGCUACCAGCGAUAUGUCCAUAGCCGGCUAUUGGAACCCCGGAAAUGCUACUGGUAUAUACUACUUCAAGACUGAUGGCUACAAUCUGAGUUCAUAAUCUGGAGAGUCAAAGAUAUCGCCAAUUGAUAUGACAUCAUUUUGAUGUUCUUCGUAAUAAUAACAACAACAAACUGGUUUUACUGGUGGUAGGACCUCUUGUGAGUCCGCGCGGGUGGGUACCACCACCCUGCUGCCUAUU